AUGAAUACUUUCUCGGCCGCGAGAGUAAAGCACACCUCAGGUGAUGAUAAUCCUUUAAGGAAUGCGCUGAGAUCUUUUGUACUUGAUCUCUCAUCCGUAGCAGGAGCUCUAGCAGGAUUCCGGUCUGGCUCACAAGGCCAGGUCAAUUCAGCAGUGGCUGCAAAAGAACAUUCCAGAGUUCAUCUCUGCCUCAGAUUGGCCCUCAGGAAGCCCUUAUAUCAACCCAAUAGAUUAUCGGCUUCAUUUCGAACUGGAGAGGAUGGCAAACCGCAGAGCAUACCCUAA